AUGUUGGGUAGAUUAUUUAAUAAUAGAUCUAAUGAACAAUUAAAUUCUCAUCAAAAUUCAUCAAUAAAUAUUUGUCAUACCAUGAAUAAUAUGAAUAGUUUAAACACUGGGAAUAAUAUUAUUGAAGAUUUAAAUUCAAGAACUAUUCUUUAUGGUACUUCAAAUCCAAUAUUACCAAUAAAUAUAAAUUUAUCAAAGUUUAGAUUAUUUAUUAUCCAGGAUAAAGGUGAAUUAAUGGUUAAAAAUAAUUUUAAAAUUUAUUAUGAUUCAAAUAUAACAACAACAAAUAAUGGUACUACUACUAAUAAGAAUAAAAUUGAUUAUAAUAUUUUCCAAUUUUUAGAAAUUAUGUUUGGAAAUUCAAUUCAUCAUGAUUUCCAAUCAAAUGAAACCAUUAAAAUACAUAACUUGGAAUCAUUACAAUUUACUUUAAUUUCAAAACAUUUUAAUAUAAAAUUAUCAAAUCAAAAGAAAAAUUUAAAAUUUGCCAUUGGUUUAAUUAUACCAUGUUCAAUAGAUUUAAUAUCAACAACUAUAACACCCAAUUGGCAAACAAUAAUUCAUUAUUUAUCAAUAUUCCAAUCAAUAUUUAUUAAAAAUCAUUUAUUAAAUUAUAAUAAUUAUUUAGAUAUUUCAAUAUUUUACAAGAAUUUCAUUAAAAAUUUAAAAAAUUUAAUUAUAACUCCAAGAUUAUUACCAGGAUUAAAUUUCAUUAAUAAUAACUUCUUCCUCAAGAAAUGGUGUUUUGAAAUUAAUAAUUGGAUUGAAAUUAAAGAUGGUUCAAAACCUUGCUUAGUUAAUGGUUCAAAAUUUUUAUUAACUUUAUUAACAAUUAUUCAAACUGUUAAAUAUCAAUUGAUUAAUAAUAAUAGUGAUGAAUUUAUAAGAAUUAUUAUAAUGGCUUCAAAUUCAAUGGUUGCAACAAAAUUAAUUUUUAUAUUGAAUGGGAUACUACCAUUUAAUUUAAAAAUUAAUCAAUUAAAUGAUGGGAAUAUUGAAUUAAAGAGAGAUACAACAACAACAACAACAACAAACCCAAUAAGUACAGGUACUCAUAAUGAUAAUCAAUAUCACCCACCUUCACCUCCAACACCACAUCCAAUGAAAAAAGGUUGGGAAAUCCCCAAAACUCCAUCAAAAUCAAUAACAACACCAUCAUUAAUGACACCAUGUAAAUCAUUAAUUAUUCAACCAAAUUCUUCAACAAAUUCCUCAAUCCCCACAUCAAAUUCAAUGAGUUAUUUAUCUUCUUCAUUAUCUUCAUCUUCAACAAAUUCAUCUUCAACAAUUUUUUCAAAUUCUUUAACUAGAGGAUUCCAAUAUUUACAAAAUUGGAAAAAUUCAACAAAUAAUGGGAAUACAGGGGAUGUUAUUUCUUCAGGUUCAAGUUUUAAAACUCCUUCACCUGGGUUAGAAUAUGAUGAUUAUCCAUGGAAUUCAAAUCAUAAUGGUUCAAUAAAUAAUAAUAUUUCAAAUGGAUAUAGUACUGGUAGUAAUAUGAAUACCAUGAAUAAUAAUUCAAUUAAAUUUAAAAAAAUUGAAUUAAAUUCUUUAAAUAUUAAAAGAUCAACAACAACAUUAUUCAAGAUUAAUAAUAAUAUUUCCAAAAAUGGAAUUGAAGGUAAGGAUAAAUUUUCCCAGGAAUUUAAUGAUCUUAUGAAUUCAGAUAUUGAUUAUAAUUAUAAUUAUGAUUCAUCAAAAUCUGUAUCAAUCUUAGAAAUCCCAUUUGAUGAUGAAGACCAAGAAGACUCCGAGGAUAAAGAUUAUGAUUAUAAAAAAUUACCAAAAUUAUGUGGUUAUGUUCAAGAUUAUUUACCAGAUUUCCAUAUUCAAGCAUGUCCAAAUUCUCAAGAUUUAGAAUCAAAGAUAAUAUCGUCAAUGAAGAAUUCAUUAACUCAAUUUAACAAAUCCAAGACUUUUUUAAUUUCAUUAAGAAUUAGAGAAAUUAAAGAAAUUCAAUUAACAAAAAAUGAUGAAAAAAGGUAUACUUCUUCAAUAAGGAAAAUUUAUUAUAAUUCAAAACCAAAUUUGAAUUAUUUAAAUCAAGAUAAUUAUACCAAAAUUGAAAUUUUAUUUGAAAAAAUUAGAAAUUUAUUUAAACAAGAUGAAAAUGAUGAAGAAAUUAAUAAAAUUCGGGAUUAUUUAAAGAAUUUAUGA